AUGGAACCCCAGAACAUCACAUGGGUGUCAGAAUUUAUUCUGUUAGGGUUCUCACAGACUCAAGAACUCCAAAAACUCCUGUUCGUGGUGUUCCUGUUUGUCUACGUCACCACUGUGGUAGGAAACCUCCUUAUCAUGGUCACGGUGACCUUUGAUCCCCGGCUGGACAUGCCUAUGUAUUUUCUACUCCGAAACCUGGCUGUCAUAGACCUCAGCUAUUCCACAGUCACCUCCCCCAAGAUGCUGGUGGACUUCUUUCAUGAGACCAAGACCAUCUCCUACCAGGGCUGCAUGGUCCAGAUCUUCUUCUUCCACCUCCUGGGCGGUGGGACUGUCUUCUUCCUCUCCGUGAUGGCCUAUGACCGUUACAUAGCCAUCUCCCGGCCCCUCCACUAUGUCUCCAUCAUGAACACCAGGCUGUGCGUGGGGCUGGUGGUGGCUGCCUGGAUAGGCGGCUUUGCCCAUUCCAUUGUCCAGCUGUCUCUGAUGCUCCCACUGCCCUUCUGUGGCCCCAGUGUCCUGGAUAACUUUUACUGUGAUGUACCCCAAGUGCUGAGACUUGCCUGCACAGACACCUCCCUGCUGGAGUUCCUCAUGAUCUCCAACAGUGGGAUGCUGGUCCUCAUCUGGUUCCUCCUCCUUCUCAUCUCUUACACUGUCAUCCUGGUGAUGCUGAGGUCUCACUCAGGGCAGGCAAGGAGGAAGGCGGCUUCCACGUGCACCACGCACAUCAUCGUGGUGUCUAUGAUCUUCAUCCCCUGCAUCUAUAUCUAUUCUCGGCCGUUCACUCCCUUUCCCUUGGACAAGGCUGUGUCCAUCAGCUACACAGUCUUGACCCCCAUGCUCAACCCCAUGAUCUACACCCUCAGAAACCAGGAGAUGCAGGCAGCCAUGAAGAGACUAGCAAAACACUUCGUGCUUAGUAAAGGGGAUGAAAUUUAA